CGAAGGGCGGAGCUCAGCCAAUCGGAACCGAGAAGGGCGGGGUUGGACUCCGGGAAGGGGCGCUCUCAGGGAAGUAAACCGCGUUGCCAGCGCGUCUUUCGGCCUCACCUGCGUCUGCAUCUGCCCUGCACCUGCAGCUUCGCCUUUCCCCAGUAGGGCUGACGCUGACCGGAAGGGUGACGGGGGACGCCUGCUCGCGUCGUCAUGGCCUACCCGGGAUACGGAGGAGCGUUUGGAAAUUUUAGUGGUCAGAUGCCAGGAAUGCAGAUGCAAAUGGGACAGCCAGUGCCAGGAACAGGGCCAAACCUGCUGCGUGGUGGAUACCCAGCAUAUUCUGAUAGUUAUUCCUCAGUGGGAGACCCCAUGUGGACAUACUUCACUGCUGUUGCUGGACAGGAUGGUGAAGUGGAUGCUGAGGAACUUCAGAAAUGUUUGACACAGUCUGGAAUUAAUGGAACUUAUUCUCCCUUCAGUUUGGAAACCUGCAGAAUUAUGAUCGCCAUGUUGGAUAGAGAUUACACAGGGAAAAUGGGAUUUAAUGAAUUCAAAGAACUUUGGGCAGCUCUUAAUGCCUGGAAGCAAAACUUCAUAACUAUUGAUCAAGACCACAGUGGCACAGUGGAACAUCAUGAAUUGAAUCAAGCCAUUGCUGCUAUGGGUUAUAGGUUGAGUCCUCAAACAUUAACUGCUAUUGUUAAACGGUACAGCAAGAAUGGCCGAAUCUUCUUUGAUGAUUAUGUUGCUUGCUGUGUGAAGCUUCGAGCAUUGACAGAUUUCUUUAGGAGAAGAGACCACUUGCAACAAGGGGUUGUGAAUUUUGUAUAUGAUGAUUUUUUGCAGGGUACUAUGGCAAUUUGAAUGUCUAGAAUUUGAAAGCUGAAGAAACACUGUGAAUUUUUUUACCUGGAAGAAAUGAACUGGACUACUUUGAAUUUGAAGCUUUGGGGGUUUUUCUGUGUUAAACCUGUUCCCUUUCUAUGUGUUUUUACUUUAGUGCAUAGUUCAAAGCAAUAAAAGAAGUGCUUUUGUAUUUGGAAUAUUAAUUGCUUUUAGAAAAGUUAUCACUUAACAGGUAUCUGUAUGGUAUCCUAAAAUAUUGGUAUAUGAUGAAUUGAUAUAAAUACCUUUUAACUUUAAUUUUUAACAUUGUUAACCCAGAAGAAUGUACUUACAAGAGACUAUAUAAGAAGCCAAAUAAUGAAAGUCUAGAUAAAGCUAAUGUAUACUUACCAGAAGGUUACAAAUUAUACUUUGAAAUUUUGUUUGUAGUCAUUGGUUGUGAAAGGGAGCUAGAAGGAGAAGCCUGGAUUUUGUGCCAUAUUUGUAAGAGAGUUUAUUCCUUGAUCACAUAAUUCAAGAACAGAAACUCACUGGUCUUUGUCUAUGAAGAGAGAAAGUUCCUAAAAUUUUAUGUUACAUCACCUUAGGUGCACCAUAAAUUAACCUAUAGAAAUAAGGCUACAGGAUGCAUUUUUUUUCCUUUGUUUUUGUCAGUGCAUAUUUUUUUCAAUAUGCUUUUUUGUCUUCUGUGGAAAAAAAGUUCUUAAUAAACAUCCUUUUGUGACUGUACUUUUUUUCAUUAGUGACAACAAAGCCUAAAAUGGCAUCUUCCUUUUAAAUCUAGACUUUCUGGAAGUGAUACAUAUUUUUAAUGAAAUGUCAACAUUUCAAUGUAUUCUGUGAAGCUAAAUUGUUUUAUAUAUAUAAUGCCAACUGUUCACAAAAUUAAAAAACAAGUAAUCUACCACUUUGCUUAAAUGUUCAGAAAUUUUAAGUUUGACUUUCUCAACAUUAGCUGCGGGUUUACCAUUGGCAUUGGUAAACUGGUAAGUCGUUGAGUGCAGGUGUGUAAUGUUGGGGGGGUACUGACCACAGGUGGCACCAUGGCCUGUUUCUGUGGCAUUACUGUGGAAAGUUGCAAAGUGGUCAUCAAAUCCUUAGCAUUUAAGAUCCCUGGUGUGAGCUGUUGUAAUUAAUCCAGCUGCUUUCCUGGCAAAUGUUCUGUCUUUCUUAGUGAAGAUUUAAAAAAACAUGUAUUUUUCUUACACUUUAACUGAAGGUCUUCCAGCUUAAAAUGUGAGUACAAAUUGACAUGAUUUUAGUAUGACUGGUGACCAAUUUAAUUAGGCUUUUUAUAAAAUUCUGUGUUUCUUAAAGGGUGGAGGGUGAAUGGCAGUAUCUUGAAAGAAAACUUUUUAUAAACUCACAGAAUUUUAAAUCAACUUUUACUUUUAACAGUCCUGGAAAGGAAGUAUUGGAUAGUCAUUUUGAUAUUAUAAUUUUAUACAAUUAGCUAUCAUUUGGUCAGCAGUAUAAAAUGUGUGAUGAAAUAAUCCAUAUACUUUUGUCCUCUGGAUGUUUUUUUCCAUGAACAUAUAUUUGAUAAUGUGAGAGGAUGUUAACUGAGCCAUUAAAAAAAAAAUACAGGAUUCUAAUUAGAAGUCUUGUUGGGAAAAACUAAUGUAAACACACUCAUAUCAUUCAUGUUGAAUAAGGGUGAUAAUAUGACUCAGCAGCCUGGGAUCUUAACAGCCAGUUUACAGGUAAUCUAGUCACUGUACUGUUCUGAGGUCUGUUCUAGUUUUUCUUUACUUGGAGGCUACUGGUUGAGGCAAAACUUUAAAAAUGACAUAUGGUAUUCUUCAUAUAAAUUUCUGCCAGAUGACACCUUGUAUUAGAACUCUUUAUAUGAUUCUCUAAUUCAUCCUCUUCCAAAGGUGUUCUUAUGAAUUUUGGUCGUAGGAGAUCUGUGAAGGAGUUUCGAUGAGCAAAUGUACUUGGGAAAUUUUCACCCUUUUCAGGGAGUUUGAUAAAGCCUAAGGUACAUAAAAUCCGGUUUACUUUUAUUUGACCCAGUUUUUUCCAAACUUUUUUGACCACAGAACCCCUUUCUCUAGCAAAGCUGAUUUUCCAUGCCAAUCCAACUUACUUGUCAGACAGUUCUUUUGUCCUUUCCAUUAAACAGAUAAUCUUACCAAACGUUAGCCAUUGAGAAUAUUUUACUUGGAUUUUUAUACUGAAAUGCAAUUCACUUUUUGAUGCUCUCAAGAUAAUUGAUGUAAACAGACAUCCAUUACACAUAAAAAUUAAAUAGUGGAUGAUGAACAAUGCCUGGAAUAUGAAUAUAAUGUGGUAGUUUGUACUGUUUAAGUCACACCCAGUUUUCUUGUGAUGAUGUAAAUUAUUGAAUAAUGUACACUCUUAACAUCUAAGUGCUUUUAUUUGUACAGUAAACAUGUUUCCAUGUCAUUUUGAGAAUUUUUUAAUAAACAUUCAAAUAGC